AAAGCGGCGUUCAGUCGUGUUUUAGAUCUCGUGGAAGACGGACGGGUUAAAUUGGAAGUAGGUUCCGUGCAGAAUUCUUUCAAUUUUUUUAAAGAGAAGAAAAAAAUAAAAGUGAUCCCCGAGUCGGUGGAGUUAUUAAGAGGAAGGAGAGGGAUUGUCGAAUAGCCUUUGCGAAGAUAAAUCUAAAAGGCUGUGGGAAGUGUGUGCGCGCGAUAUUGACGACGCGGGUUCUCGCCAAUAGAAAAUUUAGUUAUUAAUUGUACAGAGCGUAACUUAACCGGAAACUUAUUCGCUUUGUAAUAAGUUACAUAAAUAUAAAACAAAAAAUGAGUUCGACAGAGAAGAAUAGCGACGUAGCGGUGGAGAAGGUUGCCGCCGAGGAGAAUUCAACACCAGCGGACGCAAAAGAGCCAGUCAAAGGAACAAAAAGGCCCGCCGAAGACAAAAAAACAGAAACAAAGAAAGCGAAAAAAGAAGAGAAUGGCGGCAACAAUGACGAUGAAGAUGAGGAAAUCAUCGAAGAGGAGGAGAUCGAUGAGAUGGAAAGUGAAAACGAAGAAUAUGACCUGCCGUUCGAUGGUGAGGAGGAGGAUAUAGAUGGAGAAGAUGAAGAGGGCGAAGACGAAGAAAACGAAGGCGAAGAAGAGGGCAAUCAGGUGUUAUAAUAAUAUAAUUAGUCAGACACAAAGCAAAAUAAGAGUUUUUUCUUAUUUUUUUUUAUUUUAAAGAAACAAGAUUUUUGUUCUUUUAAAAUUAAGAUUUAAUAUAUUAAAAAAAAACAACAAAAACAAACAUGAAAAUAAGAGUAAAAAACAAAACAGAUAAAAAUUAAAUAUAAAAAAGAGAAAGUGAGUAAAUAAGAAUUAAAAGAAGCAAAACAAAUUUUAAUAAAUAAAUUACAAAACAGAAAAUUUUUUCAAGAGAUUUCAAACUUAAAACGGAGUGUGUGUCCUAUAUUUCUUCUGUAUAAUUGAUUUGACAUUGUUUUCGCUGCAUAUAUAUACGCCAUGAUGAAUAUGUGUGCGUGUGGGUUAUUCUGCUCCUAAGUCAUUAAUAAUUUCGGUUACAUUUUUGCAGUUGAGAUGGGAUUUUUCCCAUCUUUUUCAACUGUUUCGCGCACUUAUUUGUAGUCUUACUCCACUCGUCAAUGCCUGAGUAAAAUGAGAGCUUGUGAAAGAGCUAUUUGAAAUGCAUAGAUGAGCGUUUCUAGGGAAAAAUUGGAAAAAAUAAAUAAAAUAAUUUCAUUAGAUUCGCUGGACAGGGCUGAUCCUGUAAUAAUAAUUGUAUGAUUAUCUACAAUUCUUGUUUAGGAAUAUUCGCGCCGAUUUAAAUGAUGUGGGAAAGAAUAAUUGAGCGAAUGGUGUCCUUCCCAACUUUCUUUUACGGUGAAAAUUUUGUCGAAUGUAUCUUUCCUUCGGAAUUUUAUAUAAUAAGUUUUUUUUUUUUUAAUUUUUAAUUUAAUGACUACAUAUAAAAUGUAUCUUCUAAUUUAUGCAGUACGUACGAUAUAUAGUUUUAGAAUACAAUUACGAUAGCAAUUAUUUCUUUUUUAUAUACGUAUAUUUGAAUAACUCCGUAUUAUCAGAUUACUGCCGUUUUCUCGAUAUAAAAGAUUUUAUUUUGAGAAAGGGUACUUCAUACCACUAAAGAAUUGUACUAUUGUAUAGAUCUAAACCAAUUUCCUUUUAAAAUUUAGUGUUCUUAUACGAAAUUACAUAGAACCAAACAUUGACAGGAAAGUUUUAAUUGUUAAAAAAAAAAAAAUUCGAUGUAUAUUAACAAAAGUGAUGAUUACAUUGCAAUAUACAACAAAUUGUGAAUAGGACGUUAAAAUAUUGA